GCACCUUUUCGGCAUCCCGUUCCUGUAACUCUCUGGAGUAAUACAGCAAUUCCCACGAAUCUUCAGCUGGACUUCUCUAGCAUCCUUUUCAUCCUCCUGUCAUCAUGAGUGUAAGUCCACCAGUCUCAAUAUCCUCUCUUAUCGAGUAGCCAGAGCCCCGUGAGUGGUGUGAACUGCCUAUGCAUAGCAACACUGUCAUUUCGAAUGCGGUCGCUGACAGCUUUCAGUACAAUCAGAACUACAGCCAGCAAGGCAAUCAAGCCUACGGCACCUAUAACCCCUACGGACAAGGGGGCAACCCAUACGAUCAGGUCACUGAGGGAGGCUACAAUGGCGGUGGUCAAGGCUACAACGACCGACAAGGACAAGGCUACAGUGCUGGUCGACCACAAGCGCAAGCACAACCACAAGGUCAAGGUCAAGAUGGCAGCUACUAUGCUGAUGAAGAGCAGCGGACUGGCGGUUACGAGAUGCGAAACAUGAACGGCAACGACCCCAAUCGAAUCCUCAAUGAAUGUCGAGGUGUUGACCAGGCAAUUGACGAGAUCGAAGCCGACCUACAACGUCUUAAAGGCCUUCAAUCCCGCUAUCUGGCCGACACAAACACGUCUGCGCAAUCGCCUCUACGCAUCGAAGUCGACCGAACCGGAGAAAACAUUAUGACCAAGUACAGAGGCCUUGUCAGCCGAGUGAAAAACAUCAAGCAACAACCCGAGUCGGGCAAUCCUCGCAACGCGCCACAAGUUGGCAAGGUUGACCGAAGACUGAAGACUGCGAUCAACCAAUACCAGCAGGUUGAGCGAGAGUUCAGAAAGGCGUCGCAAGAGCAAAUGGCCCGACAGUAUCGCAUUGUCCGUCCAGAUGCUUCAGAUGCUGAGGUUCGUGAAGCUGUCGAAGAUCCCAACAAUCAGCAGAUUUUCAGCUCAGCUCUUAUCCAAAGCGACCGUCGUGGUGAGGCGCAGACCGUCGCAAGGAACGUUUCUCAACGUCAUGAAGAUAUUCAGAAGAUUGAAAGACAAAUGAUUGAGCUUGCACAACUCUUCCAGGAUCUUGAGGCUUUGGUGGUACAGCAAGAGCCCGCAGUCACGCAGAUUGAACAACGAGGAGAAGAGGUCACUGAGCACGUCUCUAAGGCCAACGUGGAACUUGACGGAGCAGUCAAGAAAGCCCGAGCUGCCCGAAGAAAGAAGUGGAUUUGUUUGGGUAUCUGCUCAUCAUUAUCAUCCUUGCGAUUGUCCUUGGUGUAGUAUUCGGGCGUGGAAAAUAGAAGUCUUCCGGUGACUCAGAUAACAGCGACUCUUCUGGCGCACCCUUUCUAUUCAAUCUG